AUGGUAGUACCUUUUGGUCUAACCAAUGCCCUAGUAGCAUUCGUGAACCUUAUGAACAACAUUUUUAGAGAUUACCUGGGUGAUUUUGUGCUUAUAUUCAUUGAUGACAUAUUGAUCUAUUCCAAGAAUGAAAAGGAACACAAGAAGCACCUAAGGAUAGUUUUGCAACAGUUAAGGGAUCGAAAUAUUUUUGGUAAGUUUUCAAAGUGUGCUUUCUUUCAGGAAAAAGUGCACUACUUAGGUCAUGUUAUAUUUGCUGAAGGAAUUUCAGUUUAUCCUACAAAGAUAGAGGCAAUUGUAGAUUGGCCAACACCUCAGAAUGUUACGGAUGUUAGAAGUUUUAUGGGUCUUGCAAGAUACUACAAGAAGUAUGUGGAAGGCUUUUCUAAGAUAACAACACCUAUUACUUCUCUUCAGAAGAAAGGAAAGAAAUUUGAAUGGACCGAGAAGUGUGAUGAGGCAUUUCAACUUUUCAAGCAGAAGUUGACAACAACACCGAUCUUUCCUAUACUAGAUCCUAAUGGACACUUCACAAUGAUUACAAAUGCCUCGGGUGAAGGUGUAGGAUAA